AUGGAACACCCUUUUAAUGGUGGCAACAAUGGUGGAAGUGAACUCUACCCUAAACAAAAUGCAUUUAACUCAAACAAGAGAUCAAGAAACCAAGAAGUCAGCAUAAACUAUCAAAAGUCAGCACCUUUGACCACUGGAAGUCAAAGGUCCAACCUCCCUGUGAAUAAAGUAGGAAACGGCAACAUAUUCUUCAAGACGCGAAUGUGUCAAAGGUUUCUUGAUGGAAUAUGUGGUAAUGGGGACGGAUGUAGUUUCGCUCAUGGCCGUAGUGAUUUACGUGAACCACCACCAAAUUGGCACGAACUCGUGAAGGAUAGUAAAGGUGGAAAUGGUUUGCAUUAUAAUGAUGAGGAUAGAUGGAUUCAGCAAAGGGGGAUUUGUAAAAAGUUUUAUUACAGGAAUGAAUGCCCGUAUGGAGAUAAGUGUAAUUUUAGCCAUGAAAGGCCUGCUAAGUUUAGGGUUGAUGCAGCCAUGGAUACUGAAAUAACAAGAGAAACUUCUGUGAUUAGCAUUCAGACUAUGGUUGAUCGUGGUCAAAGUCAAAUUGAUGCUGGUAAACGUGUUGUUAAUGUUGUAAACACUGUUCAAGAUGCUUCACGAGCUUCUCAGAUGACUAAUAUUUGGAAGCCUGGAGCCUGUGGCAAAUGGGAAACAACUAGCCAAUGCAUACAUGCAGAUAAAUGUCACUUCGCUCAUGGGCAUGCAGGUAUUUCAACCGGACGUGUGGAUGUUAACAGGUACCCUUGUCCUGGCAGUUCAGUUGCAACGAACACAGUUCACAGUUCCUUUACCAUACCAGUGGCCACUGAUGUUCCCGUGCAACAACAUAUAGGAAGAGGUUUCUUGAAAUUAGCAAAUAGGAAGACAAAUCGCAUAUAUGGAGACUGGAUUGAUGAUGAAGAAGAUGAGUCGAUCUAA